AUGGUCGACACCUCCGGUAAGGCAAACGCGCUGGAGGAGACCAAUACCACGUCGUAUUCUAAUUGUCAGUACGACUGGAUGCUUGAUCUCCUUAGAUUCCUAGUGCAGGUCGUAUUCGUGGAGCCGAUGCUGGAGUCGUAUGGCGAGGAGCUGGACAUUGCCCGCGCCUUUAGUAGCCAGAAGCUGAUGGCGAAGGAGAAACAUGCGACUGGGAUCGCGCAUAGGGACGAGCAUGGCCAGCCUGAACGGGUUCGGCAGCUUGUGCGGGAUGCGUCUCAAGACAGUCUGCAUGGUGCGGUGCUCUCCGUUCCUAAGGUGGUGAUUGUGGCUAGACGUCCGGGAGGGACUGGAUAUGAGAACGGGAUCUAG